GGUGACAUCCAGCAGCUCCUGAUCGUGGCCGACCCCAGAGCAGCGCACGAUUACUGCGAGCACUACAGCCCCGACUGCGACACCGCCGUCCCCGACUCGCCCCAGUCCCAGGACCCCAACCAGGACGAAUACUACACGGAUGGGGAGGGAGAAAGCGACACUUAUUACUACGAAUACCCCUACUACGAGGAUGUGGAUGAAACCGUGAAGCCAGAAGCCCCAACCACCAAACCUGGCCCUGCAGAGGCGGCCACGGGAGAGCGGCCCGAGACCAAGCAGGACUACCCUGCGCCCACGCAGUCGCCCGAUGGAGAAGCCCCCGGCAAGGAGAGGAAGGAGGAGCGCGAGGUGGACGAUCCCAUCGUGGACGAGUACAACUACGAGACCAUCAACGAGGAGUAUUUCACACCUCCGCCUUACGAGGACAUCAACUACAACGAGGAGCUGGAUCCCCAGGGAGGGCUUACGGAAAACGCAGUUGAAGCGGAGCUCCCCACUAGCACCGUCAUCACCUACAACGACACCGAGGGUGGUCAAGGAGGAGAGGACCUGGAUAAAGAUUUCACCGAGGAAACAAUAAAAGAAUAUGAUGGGAAUUACUAUGACAGCUAUUAUGACCGGACAGUAUCUCCUGAUAUUGGGCCGGGAAUGCCGGCCAACCAGGACACCAUCUACGAAGGGAUCGGUGGUCCACGGGGCGAGAAAGGGCAGAAAGGGGAGCCUGCAAUUAUCGAACCGGGCAUGCUGGUGGAAGGGCCACCCGGUCCCGAAGGCCCAGCGGGCAUGCCAGGACCACCAGGGCCGACUGGACCCGUGGGCCAAAUGGGUGACCCUGGGGAGCGAGGACCACCUGGUCGACCAGGUCUUCCAGGAGCAGAUGGUUUGCCCGGACCACCAGGGACAAUGCUUAUGUUGCCUUUCCGCUUCAGCGGUGGAGGAGACGCUGGCUCCAAAGGACCCCUCGUGUCGGCGCAGGAGGCCCAGGCCCAAGCCAUCCUGCAGCAGGCGAGGCUGGCGCUGAGAGGACCGGCCGGUCCAAUGGGCCUGACGGGACGGCCAGGCCCUGUGGGACCGCCGGGCAGCGGAGGACUGAAGGGCGAAGCAGGAGAAAUGGGACCGCAGGGUCCACGAGGCAUCCAAGGCCCUCCAGGCCCAGCAGGAAAACCAGGCCGCAGGGGACGUGCAGGCAGCGAUGGUGCCCGGGGAAUGCCAGGCCAGACAGGCCCAAAGGGUGACCGAGGGUUUGAUGGCUUGGCUGGUUUGCCUGGCGAGAAGGGGAAUAGG